AUGGUAUUUGAAGCUAAUCAGAAUAAUUCUUUCAUACGAUGCCGAACCCGUUUGCAAUCAAGUCAGUUAGUGAUUGAAAAAUCACAAUCAAAUAUGACUAAUGCGUCAAAUAUGCGGCAUUCGAAGCGCCGUUAUAGAUCAUCUUCAGAUUCACUCAACGAUAAUAAAAGUUCAUGUCGCCGGUUUCAAAAAUUAUAUGCGAACAUUAUUUGUAGACAUUGUGCAGUUAUAAGUUCUGUGGUUAAGAAGGGGAAAGAUAUUAUUACGGAAUAUUGGCUAUCUGCCAGGCUCUCUCCUAUUAGUAUGCCCCUUGCGAGCAAUUUAAAUAUUCCUCUCUGCUGGACAGCGUACCUGUUGUCCACUUGCAGUCGAAGCCGGGGGAGUUUAUUUCUUUGCGUCGUUCAGGAAACAUUAGAUGCAAGCAUCCAUAAUUAUAUAAAAAAUCUUCCUGAGAUUCUCGUCGUCAUGGCGAUAGAUGAAGAAAAGGGGAACAUGGUGUCAGCAGAUUCCGCGGAAAAGGAGCGGUUAUUAAAGCAUGUAGAAGCCGUAAAAGCACUAGGAAAUGCACCGAAUGAUUCUUUCAAGGUCAGUGAUAUGACAUUUUAUCAAGCCUUUGGUCAAGGUUAA